AUGAACUUGUUCCCCACCAAGUAUGAAAAUGGGAAGAUUGAGUACAAGAUAAGGUACAAGGGGAGAUCAAGACCAUUCUCUAGGGCUAAAGCCUUGGUCACUUCUGAGCAAUCCAGGGAUCCAACCAAGUUGAAGGAGCUUCUAUCUCAAGUCCUCACUAUCACCCUUGAUGUUUCUAGCUCUUGUUCUAGAGCAUCCAUCAUCCAAGCAAGGGAAUCCACUUUGAGAAGCAACAAGGUUAAGAUGUUGAGAGGUGAAGGAAGCCAUGCAACUCUUGGAAAGAAAGAAGUAGCAAGGGGAGCAAGAAGACUGCUAGAGGGAGUGAGUGAAUUGGAUAGGGAAGAGAUUGAGAGAUUGAGGGAGGAACGGAGGACUGAUGCGGCAUCUAUGGGAUGA